AUGGGUCUAAAUUAUGCUUUCAUGUGUCUAAACCAAAGAGCUGAUCCUCGUUAUGAGAGAGGUGCGUGGAAGUUUGUGAGGUGUGUUGGUGCAGAUUUAGCAGAGUGUGAGUUGAUCAUUUGCCCAUGCAUAGACUGUCGCAAUGUAGAUUGUCACUCAGCCGAUGUUGUUGUUGAUUAUCUAGUAAGUAGGGGAAUGGAUUUGAGUUACAAGCUGCGGGAGGAUCAGUAUCAUCAUGGAGAAGUAAUAUCAGGGCUGACUGUAGAAACAAUGCAAUGUGAUCUAAGUGAGGUUGCUGAAUGUGAAGAUAAGGAAGAAGAUGAGUUUCUUGCAAAGCUAGCAGAUGCAGAGACAUCUCUGUAUCUAAGUUGUGCUAACCACAGCAAGGUGUCGGCGAUAGUUUCACUCUUUAGGAUAAAGACACAAAGUGGUUGGUCUGAUAUAAGCUUCGAUCUUUUGCUGGAGAUUUUGCCACAGAUGCUACCCGAGGAGAAUGUCUUGCACACAUCCUUGUACGAAGUGAAAAGGUUUCUGAAAUCUUUUGACAUGGGCUAUGAGAAGAUACACGCUUGUGUGAACGACUGUUGUCUGUUCAGAAAGGAGUUUGAGAAGCUAGACAACUGUCCGAAAUGCAAUGCUUCAAGAUGGAAGAUUAACAUGCGCACAUGUGAUGUGAAGAAAGGUAUUCCACAGAAAGUUCUGAGAUAUUUUCCGAUAAUUCCACGUCUGAAGAGGAUGUUCAGGUCAGAGGAAAUGGCGAAGGACUUAAGGUUGCAUUUUAGUAACAAGAGCACUGAUGGAAAAAGCAGACAUCGAGUAGAUUCUGUUACUUUGCAUCAAAUGAAUGACAAAUACCCGUUAUUUGCUGCUGAAGAAAGGAAUCUUAGGGUUGGACUGUCCACUGAUGGGUUCAAUCAUUUUAACAUGAAGAAUGUGAACUACAGUGCUUGGCCGGUUUUGCUAGUGAAUUACAACAUGUCACCUGAGAAGUGUAUGAAGGAGGAGAACAUCAUGUUGUCAUUGCUGAUUUCUGGUCCAACCCAACCUGGAAAAAAUAUUGAUGUGUACUUAGAACCACUUAUAGAGGAUCUAAACCAUCUGUGGGAGCAAGGAGAGGUCACAUAUGAUGCAUUCAGUCAAACCACUUUCAAGUUAAGAGCAAUGCUUCUCUGGACCAUUCAGGAUUUUCCUGCGUAUGGAAAUCUUGCAGGGUGUAAGGAACUCCCGGGUAAACACAAUUUAGACGUGAUGCACGUCGACAGAAAUAUUGCUGCAAGCCUUAUCGCAACGUUGCCGCAUUGUGGAAAAUCAAAAGAUGAACUUAACGCUCGAAAAGAUCUUGAACUGCUUGGCAUUAGGAAGGAUUUACAUCCUCAACCCCGUGGGAAAAUAACUUACCUUCCUCCAGCGCCUUGGUCUUUGUCUAGCAAGGAGAAGAAAUUAUUCUGCAAGCAUCUAUCUGAAUUUCGUGGUCCGGAUGGUUACUGCUCAAAUAUAUCAAGGUGUGUGAAGAUGGAGGAAUGUAAGAUAUCAGGAAUGAAAUCACAUGAUUACCAUGUGUUGAUGCAACAGCUUCUUCCGGUUGCGAUUAGAGGGCUAUUACCUACAGGUGUUAGGAUAGCUAUGGGACGCCUGUACAUGAAAGUGCUGAAAGACUUCGUAAGAAACCCUGCAAGACCAGAGAGUUGUAUUGCUGAAGCGUAUCUCGCAGAGGAAUGCGUUAGGUUCUUCAGUGUGUUCUUCAAAAAGACAACAAGUUAUGAGGAGAAACCUGAAAGGAAUACUGAGUUCGAGAGCAGCUCUAUUCUGGAGGGACGUCCAAUAUCCGCAGGCACCGAUUGUUCUUUCUGA